UUUUAAGCCCAAGAAUGCGGAGUGAAGUGAAGAUGGAGGACGUAAAAAGCUGAAAAUAAUGAGCGGUAAGUAACGACUAACAGAAAAACGACGUCAUUUUGGCGGUUCCCGUCCGCAUCACGAAAUGCGGCGCUGCCUGGUCUCCAGUAAAAUUCUUCUGGGAUCAAAUAUAGGCUAAUGAUAAACAAAGGCACCAUUGGCAUCGUCGUAGCCAGCCUCGUCCGCUCCUAAACGUUGCGAUUUUCGGGAACCCUACCCGUCCAUUUCUGUACGCAUCCCAUUGCUUUUUUUCAUAGGUCAAACCGAAUUUCUCAGUUCUUCGAUUUUAACCCCCGCACGCCAGUUAGGUGAUAGAAGCUGUUGAAGUGCUAUGGCAGAUCAGCACUCUAAUGAGGGUCUGAUUACUGGCAAUGUUUCUGGGGAAUCUUCGAAUGCACUAAUAGAGCUCAGGGUCAAGACUCUGGAUUCACAGAUAUGUAGUCUUCAUGUUGAAAAAAAUACAUCAGUCUCUUUGUUCAAGGAGAGAAUAGCUAAUGCAAUUGGUGUUCCAGUUGGUCAGCAGCGGCUGAUUUUUAGGGGAAAGGUCUUAAAGGAUGAUCAUCUCCUUUCUGGAUAUCAUGUUGAGAAUGGUGAUACAUUGCACUUAGUUGAAAGACAGCCAACACAAUCACAACCUUUGUCUGAAACAAGUUCAGGAGAUACAAAUGGAAAUAACAGUAAUGAAGGAAAUGAUGCCAGUGCAGGCAUUCCUCAUAAUCGUGUUGGGCAGAUCUUGCACAGUGUGGUUCUUGGGACCUUUAAUGUUGGAGAUCAAGGUGAAGGCAUUAUUCCAGACCUUACUAGGGUUAUUGGGGCUGUUUUAAAUUCUUUUGGAGUUGGAAGCCAGCCUUCUGCUACUAGUACCACCAGGCAGUCUUCAACCUCUGCUCCUCAAGGAAUUUCAACAGAUGGAGUGCGUGGUGGUGGGCCUGGUGGUGAGAACCAAGCAGGAAUUCAGACACAGUCUCCCCAAUCAUUUCCAGCCGCUACUCAAUUCAUUCCUGUUCCUCUUACUGCUGCACCAAUACCCGUUCCUUCACUUAAUUCGCCAAUUCCUGAUUCUUUAAAUACGCUCUCAGAGUUUAUGAACCACAUGGAAGCACAUUCUCCAAAUGGUUAUCAACCGCACACUUCUGUGACUAACAGAAGAGAGCAACCAAGGGUAGCAUUACCAUCGGAUGCACGGGGUUUUCCGACACCUGAAGCAUUGAGCAUUGUAAUGCGACAUGUAGAACAGCUUCUCAGCAGUCAUGCUAUUGCUGCGUUGUCUCAUAUUGCAGGACGUUUAGAGCAAGAGAGGAAUUCUACUGAUCCUGCACUGAGGGGGCAAAUUCAAACAGAGUCUGCGCAAGUAGGUCUUACAAUGCAGCAUUUAGGUGCCCUUCUUUUAGAGCUUGGUCGAACCAUAUUGAUGCUGCGUAUGGGGCAUUCUCCUGCGGAAUCUUCAGUCAACGCUGGACCAGCAGUAUAUAUAUCUCCUUCUGGGCCAAAUCCUAUUAUGGUUCAGCCUUUUCCCCUUCAAACCAGCUCCCUCUUAAGUAGUUCCAAUUCUCCACCAAAUUCUCUUAAUAUAAGUCCGGCUGGGAUUGGAAACACUCCAAGGAACAUUAAUAUCCAUAUACAUGCUGGCACCGCACCGGCUCCUAUGGUUUCAGCAGUUGGUAAUCGAACAGGCAAUGGGGGAGGGGUGCAAGGGGAACAUGGUAAUAAUGCUGGUCCUGAUCCAAUGCGGGUUCUUCCUGUGCGAAAUGUUAUUGCUGCUGCUCACCCUGCACAUUCCACUGGUGCAAUGUCCGGUGUAGCACAAUCUGCACCCACAGAUUCAUCUCUAUCCUCUGCUCUUGCCGAAGUCACUUCAAGAAUUCGAGACCUUGUUAGUAAUAUGCAGGGGCAGAACCAGGGUGCAUCAGGUGAUGAUGCUGGAACUGGACAGCCUGAUAAUAUGGCUGCUAGUGGAGCAGGGGAUUCUAGCGUUGCAUUACUAGCAGAUCUUCAUGCAACUGAAGAACAGUCACAACCUCAACUUGCUGAACAUAGUAACAAUACUACUGAGAGUGGUAAGAGUUCAAAGGAUGUAUCCACUGGCACAGUUGGAUGCCCUCCAAGUUCAAGUGGAGAAUUCUUGGUAAAGUCAGAAGACCCUUCAGCAAGUGUCCAGAAAUCCACCGAGGAAAAUGCCAAACCUGUUCCACUUGGAUUGGGGUUGGGAGGAUUGGGGCGUAAGAGACGGGUCAACCGGGCAAAAUCAUCUCUCAGUACUAGAGAUACUGGAACAACUAGCUCUUCUCUUGAUGAGAGCUUGAGUGCUAGAACGACUGGCCAAAAGAUUUUGCAGUCACUUGCAUCUCAGAGCUCUUCUAUGAAUAGGGUGGAAGAUGAUUCUUUGUCGAGUAAUCCUGGCAUUCAGAGUAAUAGAUCGUCAGGAGUGCAAAGUUCUGAUGAUCAAUUAGAUGUUGCUAAUGCUGUCUCUCAAGUUCUUCAAAGCCCUGCAAUAAAUGGCUUAUUGGCUGGGGUUUCUGAGCAGACUGGUGUCGGUUCACCAGAUGUUUUUAGGAAUAUGCUGCGGCAACUUACUCAAAGUCCACAAAUCAUGAACACUGUCAAUCAAAUAGCCCAGCAGGUUGAUAGCCAGGAUAUUGGAAACAUGUUUUCUGGAUUGGGAGGAGGACAAGGUGGUGGAGUUGAUCUGUCAAGCAUGGUCCAACAAAUGAUGCCUAUUGCUUCUCAGGCCCUUGGUCAAGGGGCAUCUGCACCUCCGCCAUUCCAUGCUGUAGAACCUAAACAGCAGGUCCAUCAUGAUGGAAGGAGGUCUAAUGCAGCUGAUAAACCUUGUGAUAGUGAUUUUCAGGAUAACAUUCAACAAACAGCUCAGAGGAUUGAGCAAUUAAAUUCGCCCUUUGAUGUCUUCCAUGCAGUUGCUGAAAUUGCAUUUCAGGUAUAUGGCAUUGACAAUGGGAGGAAUACUGAAGAAUUUCUGAGUGAGUUGUGUGGUGAUGAGAGUCUUGCUGAGGAAUACAUAGAGAUGCUACGGCAGGACAUUCGUCAAAGGUUUCAGGAUAAAUGUGAGGAGGAUCAGUGCUAGCUCUUCUUCAUUACGGAAGUUCGAAUAUAAUUUGUUAGGUCUGCCUCUAAUUACCUCCUCUCGUACUAGUGGGGGUGGGGUGUCAUUUUUUCUAUGGCUCGUAGUCAAGAAUCCAUGUACAAACCUAGGCUUCUCUUGCAGGGGCUUGUUUCGUAUGCUCUUUAAGUUAACAUUUGAUCUGUUUGUUUCAAAUGUUUUUCUUGUUAAAUUGCGCAUCAAAUUGAAUGUCAUGAUAACAGCAUCUGUUUCCCUUCAA